AUGGCACCCAGCACGGGGGCCCCCUCGGGGGGCCCCCCAGGAGAGGCGAGUGCCCCUAACAGCGUUCCAGCCGUUGCUGCUGAAGCAGCAGACCAAAAGCAGCAAGCAGCAGCAGCAGCAGCAGCAGCAGCAGCGCAGCCACAUGCAGGGGCUGCUGCUCUAAAUGGCAGCGCCACACAGGCGACUGAAGGAACUGCUGCUUCUACGCCGCCGCUAGCAGCAGCUUCCUCCACUGCAGCAGGUGCAGCAGCAGCAGAGCCAGCAGCAACAGCACCGGAGGCAGCAGCAGCAGCACCAGAGGGAGCAGCAGCAGCAUCAGAGGCAGCAGCAGCAGCAGCACCGGAGGCAGCAGCAGCAGCUCCGGAGGCGGCAGCGGCGCACGGCGCUUUGCCCGCAGCAGAAGCUGCAGCAUUUCCGGAAGCAGUAGCAGCAGCAGCAGCAGCAGCAGCACCGGCAGCAGCAGCACCGGCAGCAGCAGGAGCACCACAGGAGCAAGGCGCAGCAGCAGCAGCGCCUGCUGCUUCUGCUGCUUCCGACUCUGUAGCUGCUGCAUCUCAAUCAGCAGCACUUCUGCCCCCGUCAGCAGCAGCAGCAGCAGCGCCUGGCGCAGCAGCAGACCCUACAGCAGCAGCAGCAGCACCUGCAGCAGCAGCACCAGCAGCAGCAGCACCUGCAGCAGCUUCCCUCUCAGGCUCAGCACCCGCGGCAGCAGCAGACCCUGCGGGACCAUCCCCCUCGCCAUCAACAGCAGCCCCAGCCCCAGCAGCAGCAGCAGCAGCAGCCCCAGCAGCAGCAGCAGCAGCAGCAGCAGCAGCAGCAGCUGGUUUGCCUGCGUUAUCGUCUGCAGUGCACGGGUGGGGCUGCGCGUCUGGGGAACUUUAUUUGUCGGAUUUUGAAAAGACACAAAUUGAAAAUUAUUUUCUUUCUUUGGGGGCCCCCCCGGGGGGCCCCUGGCGGCUGAUUUCAGUACCCGAUUGGGGCCCCCGGGGAGACCCGAAGGGUAAGAAAAGCAGCAGCUUCCGGCGGUCCCAGGGGGCCCCUGGGGGCCCCCCCGGGGGCCUCGCGCUGCAGUACCCUGCUGCGCCGGGUCCUGCUGCAGCAGCAGCAGCAGCAGCUGCUGAGGGCGCGCGGCGCUCCUCGGUGGCGAGCUGCAGCAGCAGCAGCAGCAGCAGCAGCAGCAGCAGCAGCAGCAGCAGCAGCAGCAGUUCUUCCGCAGUGCCCGCGGAGCUUCCGAAGACGCGUUCCUCGCGGCUGCGUUCCUUGCAGGGGCCCCUGGAGAGCGGGGCCCCCGGGGGCCCCCCUAUAGUCCCCUGUUUGCCAGGGGCCCCCCCGGGGGGCCCCCCGUGUCCCCCCGGGGUGCCCCCGGGGCCCCCCGGGGGCCCCCCGGGGGCCCCCGGGGGCCCCCCGGGGCCCCCCGGGGACCACUGGGCCCUCCGCAUGCAGCGGAUUCUGGUGGAGCUCUGCAAACAGCCCGUUUGUCUGCCCUUUUUGCCAAAAGUGUCUCCAAAAGACGCGCAUUAUGGAGAACUGGCCAGAAAGGUCUACCCAGCAGUGCCCCUGAGUCUGGAGACUGUGCUGCAGCGGCUGCAGCAGGGCCGCUACCGCAGCAGCGCGGAAGUCUUCAACGAAGUCUACAGCGUCUUUCUCUGCGCCUUUCGCUUUUACCAGCCCGGCCACCAGUACUGGAUGAUGGCCCACGAGGCGGCCUUGGCUUUCGGGGCUUUGGCUGCAGCAGAGCCGCUUGCUGCGGUCUUCCAGCAGCAGCAGCAGCAGCAGCAGCAGCAGCAGCAGCAGCAGCAGGGCGAUGGGGCGCAGUGGCCGCUCGCGCCGCACGCCGCAGACACGCAGGACAACCGCAAACUCAGGGAAACGGCAGACGGCCGCGGGAAAACCAGGGCCGCAAAGGCAACACCAGCAGCAGCAGCAGCAGCAGCAGCAGCAGCAGCAGCAGCAGAUGCGCCCGUGUCUGUGGAGGAGCGCCAGGCCUUUCAGGAGCUGCUGGCCCAAAUGAACAUGGACGCCCACUUCCAACUGUACAACACCUUCAAGGACAGGGCCAAAUGGAUUUCCUUCGACACGGGAGAAGUGGAACUCGAUGAUGGCGCCACGCUGCCUUUCGUCUUCAG